GUUAAAAUUUUGUUGUGUCUGGUUUCCUAGAGCGGAAAGUUGCAAAAUAUUAAGUUAUUUUUAUACUUUUAUAGAAAAAGUUAACAAACAAAAUAAACCGCAAUUAAAAUUAGUGUAAACAGCAACAAUGGCAGAUCUUAAGAAUGACGUUGAUAGCGAUUUGGAUCAAAAUUACUCCUUGAGCAGUAAUGCAGAUCCGAAAAAUAUGCAGGAAUUGACAAUAUAUGUACAAAACCUGCUACAAAAUGUACAAGACAAAUUCCAAACAAUGUCGGAUCAAAUAAUCACACGCAUCGAUGAUAUGGGCAAUAGAAUAGAUGAUUUGGAGAAAAGCAUUGCGGAUUUGAUGAAUCAAGCUGGCGUUGAAGGUCCAGAAAAGUAAAACAUACAAAUUUUGGUGCGGCAUGUUAGCAUAGAUAUACAUCUGUCCAUGAAGGGUACACUUAAACAUUGCUCAUUAAUUUACAAUUUGUCACUGGAACACAAAUAUUUAUAUGUAUUCCAAACCAAACCAUGUAUUAAUGCACAUACAUACAUAUACACCGCAUUGAAGUCGAUCUCCACAAAUACGCACGAAAAGCAACAUUCAAUGCUGAUAAGAAUUGGCUAAACAAAACACAAAACGUUUUAUUAAGUUCAUUAUCUUAAAUAAGUAAAUGAAAAAAUAAUAAUAAUAUAUAAGGUAAGAUUUUAAAAUUUUUGUUACAAA